AUAAUUUUUGAGGCCCACCAAUCAAAAGAGCUAGGUUUUAUCUAACCGUAAGUUGGACAAAUGAAAAGGACCAGACGUUUUUAUUCUAGCGAGUAUUACCCUGCCACUGUUGAGAAUUUUAAGUAUACGACAGAGCUCAAUGUUGAAUCAGAUGCAACUCACACUGCGAUAUCAUCAUGCUUAACUGAGAAAUUGGCAUUAGUUUACAUUGCUUAACAUCGUGAUUAAGACGGUUCUAUUUUAAAAAAUCAAUGCAAAAACUGAAAGAACGUUUUUCCUAAAAUUAAUGAAGUGAAGAUCAUCAGUGAAAGAAGGCAACAAUUAAUGACGGAGGACCGGGCUUUGGACGACAAAGAAACAACUUUAUUUUGAACCACUCCAAGAGGAAAAAAAAUAUUGUAAUCGAAAUAAUUGAACAGGUAGUUUUAUAUCUUUAAGGAACUGUGAAAAAUGUCACUGAAUUUUACAGAAACAUGGACAAACAUGUCGCCAAAUUUUAACGUUCACGUGUUUUGUAACGGAACGGAAAUACACGAUCACUUUUCCUCUUCAUUCACGGCGUUUAUCAUUGUAUGGCUCUCGUUAAUUAUGGCGGGGGAUCUAGUGGGCAACACGAUGACCAUCUGGGUUAUUGUGAAAAACCCGAACAUGCGCAGUUCCACUCAAACAACAAACUUCUUCCUGCUAAACUUGGCCAUCGCUGAUCUUUUGGUGACAAUAGUUAUUCCGUUUUCAAUUCAUUCCGUUUAUAUGGAAUGCUGGGAUAUACCGCUUUUCUGGUGUAAAAUUAACUCGUUCUUUGUAACACUCUCCUUAGUAACCUCUAUCCACACUCUGAUGUACAUAAGUAUCCACAAGUUUACCGGUGUACGGCGAUUGGUCGUCAAUAACGACCUUCAUUCCUCGGUGUCGGGGAGAACUUGCUUUAUAAUGAUAGGUAUUACAUGGACUUACGCGGCGGUGUUCAGUAUAGCCACCGUCAUUUCCGGUCCAAUUUUCAAGGAGAAAACCAUUCAGUGUGGACCAAAAUAUCCCGUUCCUGGGGAGGCCAGUUUUUAUUUACACAUCGCUAAUCAAAUAUUUAACGUUUUUAUUCCACUGACUGUCCUUGUUUUUUGUUAUAUUUGUCUAUUCUUAUACAUAAGAUGUCACGCCAAUGUCCAACGUCAAAUGACCAUAACUCCAAACGAGAGAGUUCAAACUCAAAGCGAGAAAGGUGUAGCCUUGACCUUGGUGAUUGUCAUUGCGUGUUUCUCGUUGUCCUGGUUACCAUACACGGUGUACACUAACUACGCAACGUUUGUAAAGGAAAAACACAGUGGGAUUCCGAAUUAUUUCAAUCCACUGGCGUAUUGUUUCGGGUACAUGAACAGUGCUUGUAAUCCUUUAAUAUAUGCUUGGAGGUUCCCGCAAUUUCGUCAAGGCUACAAGGACAUCUUGAACAAGACCAAGUACUUCGUUACAGUUGUUGAUGGUGGCCGUAGGAUCAGGCGACCAGUCUUCAACAAUAGGACUGAAAACGAGGCUGGCCAUCGGAUGUCAAGACCAUCCAUUAAUGACGUUACGUCCCAAUAAAUCUGACAGUCUAUAUUUACCGAGUUUGUUACAACUAGUACUGAUGAAGCAGCACUGAUGGGGUUAAAAAAAUAAAUUAAAAA